AUGAGCGCUGAUCUUUUCGGUGAAGCGUUGGAGAACCCAAAUGCAGAAUUACAACGUGUGGAAGACGACAUUGAUGUUGAGAAUAUCAGUAGCGAUGAGGAGACAGAGAACGGAACUGAAGCAAAAGCAGAUGAAAUUGAAGACAGCGCAGAUGCAGAGGUGAUGAAGGAGGAGCCUCAGCAGGGAGUAGCACCAAUAGAUAUGGACGAAACAAAACCAGAAAACGGUGAAGCUGUGAAUUCUGAAUGGUCCACGAGUACUAAAGAUGGCUCUGCUGAUGUCGUCCAUAGACAGUCUUCGGACUCUUCGUCGAAUGAUUCUUCUUCAGACGAUGACUCAGACACCUCCAGUGGCGACGAAAUCAACGUGAUGGAAGAAGAAGCAGAGGAUGAAGAACCAUCAAACCAAGGUCCCAUAAAAUCAAAAAAUGAGCUUGGAGAAGAAGCGGUAUUCAACUUGCCAGAAGAUUUCCAGAUAAGCUCAAACACGCCAAUUCACGAAAUAGGAAGUAUAAAGUCAUCAUUUGAUUUCAAUAUCAUCGUUCAGUCAUCUAGUUCGGCUGAGCAACGAGUGCUUAAAGAAAAUUCAGUCUUAUGCCUUCAAGAUCGACAAAUUUUAGGUCCUCUCUGCGAGGUUUUUGGUCCGUUGCAGGCGCCAUUCUAUAGAGUUGCCGUUCCUAAAUCCAAAUCUGAGCUUUUCCAGGAAUUAUCGAAGAAGGUAGGUCAAAAAGUAUUUUACGUUGCCCCAGAAGCUCACUGGCACGACACCUUCGAGCUGAAACGUCUACGUGGUACUGACGCCUCGAACGGGUUUGACGAAGAGCUACCAGAAGAAGAACAAGAGUUCUCAGAUGAUGAGAAGGAAGCAAUGUUCAAGAAAAUGAAAAAACAAUCUAAGAAGCGUAAAAGCGAUGUUCAAACUGGCGACACUGGGCGGUCUUCUCACACUGCCCCUGCUGAAUACCAGGUUCGCUCAAAGGUGAAGAGCAAUAACAACUUGUCAACAGUUGAUGACGCAACGACCACGAGGUCUUACAAGCCGCGUAGCACCCGUCAAAGUGAAGCGCGCUCCCCCGAAGUACGAAUUUCUCAUCAUACAGAAGUCUAUGAACAGCAGCAGUAUGAACAGAAACCACAACCUCAGCAUUAUCAAAGUCAAUAUCAACCGCAGCAACCACAGCUACAUCAUCAUCAACAACAACAACAACAGCAACACAAUGUACCAUUCCAGCAGGUGGCACAAUCCCCGUAUGGUUCUCAGCAAUCAUCGAACUUUCCACCUCAAGGUUAUCAAUAUCCACAAGCAUAUCCAUAUCAAACUACGAGUUUCACUCCGCACUACAAUCAGCACAGUUCCCAGGUUCACACGGGUCAAUACGCACAGGGCUUUCCCGGUAGUAAUUACCCUCAACAUCAUUCUGGACUUGCUCAAACGCCUUACACACAAAUACAGCCUUCUCCUAAUGCAGGAUUUGCGCAGCCUCAAAUGUCUUUCAAUCCAGGAUUUUCGCAGCCCCAAAUGUCCCCCACUGCAGGCUUUGUUCAGCCUCACGCUGCCCCACAAAUGGGUUCUCCACAAAUGGGUUCUGUUCCUCAAACCCCAGAUAUGCAACAAGUGAUGCAACUACAGCAGAUACUCAUGAACCAACAAAAACAACACCAAGACAUGCAGCGCUAA